AGGGGCGGACUGGGACAAAAAUUCAGCCCUGGCACUGUAGCCACACCAGCCCACAUUACCACACGGACACGCACAUUGUUAAGAUCAAAACAGUGAGAAGAUGAGUGAUCCAGAACCCUGCAGAAUUAAAGAGGAAGAGACUGAAGAACAAAUAGACGUGAUGGUGAAGGAGGAAUGUGAAGAACUGAGUGAAGAUGAGGAGAAACAUGUCAAAAGUGAAGAAGAAACUCAAUCAGAGACUGAAGACACAGCUGUAAAAGCUUUCACCUGCACUCAGUGUGGAAAGAGUUUUAGGCGCAAGCACUGUCUCAAUAUUCACUCGAGGAGCCACACUGGAGAGAAACCGUACAAGUGUUCACGCUGCGACAAGAGAUUCAAUCGUGCACAACACCUGAAAUUACAUCAGAGGAUUCACACUGGAGAGAAACCGUAUCACUGCACUGAUUGUGGGAAGAGUUUCACACAGAUAUCUUCGCUACGAACACACACAAAAACCAUUCACAACGUGAUAGUGAAGGAGGAGAGUGAAGAUGGGGAGAAACGUCAUGUCGAAAGAAAAAACAAAACUCAAUCAGAACAUAAUAUCUUAAUGAAAAGGUCAGCCACAGAACGUUUCGUCUGCAGUAAGUGUGGAAAGAGUUUUGAGCGCAAAUACCAUCUCAAGCUUCACAUGAGGAUCCACACUGGAGAGAAACCUUACAAGUGUUCACACUGCGAGAAGAGAUUCGUUGAUCCCAGAUACCUAAAAAUACACGAGAGUCUUCACAUUGGAGAGAACCUGUGUCACUGCACUGUUUGUGGGAAGAGUUUCACAAAAUCAUCCUCUCUACGAAGACACAAAGUAAACAUCCACAGUAAGUAG